UUCUCUAAAGAAACGAUUGUGUCUACUCAUUAACAAGCAUUCAAGGUGGCUAGCUAUCACAUUCAGUUGUCACAGGACAUCUGGUCACCGACGCUGGGUAUUUGGAGCCAUAUGUAUUCAUAAGAAACUGCACUAGUCCCCGCGUCCCUGGCUCCGGGCUGCCCGGGGCUGCAGCGGCGGCGCGCGGGUGCCGGGCCCUGCUCGCAGGCCAUGGGGGAAAGGGGCGCCUUGGGGCGCCUUCGGCCCUUCCCGGGGGCGCCGCGGUGGGGCUGGUGGCCCGGCUGCGACGGCGGCGGCAGCGGCGAGGGCGAGGGUGCGGGGCGCGCCGCCAUGGGCCUGGCCGGGCUGCAGGAGAAUGUGUUUGCCCGGCAGUCCAAGAUCUGUUCCUACAUGAGCUCGAACAAGUGCUCUGGAGUGCGCUCCCCGCUGCAGGAUGACAACUCCGUUGCGCACUACGAAGCCAAGUGCCCGGAGAGACCGUUAGCCGGGAUCUACAGGAGGCGAGAAGAGAAGAGAAGUGGUGGGAACGCCGUACGAAGUUCCAUGAAGUCCGAGGAACAGAAGCUCAGAGACGCCAGGAGAGGCCCCCUGGCAUCUUUUCCAAACCAAAAACCUCAAGCAGCAGAACCUCCAAAACCUCCAGCCUUGUCUUGUGACUCUCCCGGUGCAGCUGGCGCCAAGCCAACCCUGAAGAAGCCCCUCAAGGGCAGACAGACCCCUCGGGAAAAAUCUCAAGGAAAACCCCAACAGAAUCGCAAACUCACGGAUUUCUACCCUGUCCGAAGGAGCUCCAGGAAGAGCAAAGCCGAGCUGCAGUCCGAAAAGCGGAAAAGAAUAGAUGAAUUGAUCCGGAGCGGGAAGGAAGAAGGGAUGAAGAUUGACCUCAUCGACGGCAAAGGCAGGGGCGUAAUUGCCACCAAGCAGUUCUCCCGGGGCGACUUUGUGGUGGAGUACCACGGCGACCUCAUCGAGAUCACCGAUGCCAAGAAGCGUGAGGCUCUGUACGCCCAGGACCCCUCCACGGGCUGCUACAUGUACUAUUUCCAGUAUCUGAGCAAAACCUACUGCGUGGACGCCACGCGCGAGACCAACCGCCUGGGACGGCUGAUCAACCACAGCAAGUGCGGGAACUGCCAGACCAAACUACACGACAUCGACGGCGUGCCCCACCUCAUCCUCAUCGCCGCGCGGGACAUCGCGGCAGGGGAGGAGCUGCUCUACGACUACGGGGACCGCAGCAAGGCCUCCAUCGAAGCCCACCCCUGGCUGAAGCACUGACAGCCCGCCGCCAGCCCCCUCCAAAGGACAAAGUGCCCUCAAAGGGAAUGGGGUUUUGUUUUGUUUUGUUUUACACUUAGUCUUAGCAGAUUACUUCAGAUGUUUUUAAAAAGUAUAUUAAGAUGCAUUUUCACUGUAGUAUUUAAAGAUCAGUUACAGGUUUCCAAGAUGGACUUGAACAGAUGGCCUUAUAUUACCAAAACUUUUAUAUUCUAGUUGUUUUUGUACCUUUUUUGCAUACAAGUCGAACGUCUGUGCUUCCCCGUGCAUGCGGUCAAAGACGGCACAGGUUUUAGAUGAAAAAGUCGAAGAGAAGCAGGGAGCCGGGCGGGUCUCCGGCCUUCAGGUGCGGAGCCAGGCCCUGCCCGCCUGCCUGCGGCCUGCCCGGGGCGUUCCAAGCUCUUGUUCUCCCCGCGACUCGACAGGCGCACGUUUAAGUGUAUGAAUAUUUUUUAAAGGGUUUCACAAAGCUUUCUCAAAAGCUUCCUGGCCCCGGGGCCCGCGAGCACAGGCCUGGAGUCAACUCCUCUUCCACGGGCUGUGAGCAGGCUGGAGGCAGGCCGGGGAGGCGCCUCCCUAUGCUGCCCAGGCAGGGUUUCUGAAACUGGGUUAUUAAUUCUUUAUAGAAAUGUGAACACUGAGUUUACUUAAAAAUUUUUUUAAAUGCUUAAAAAAAAAGCAAAAAAAAUUAAAAAAGAAAAAAGGCAAAAAAAAAAAAAACCAAAAAAACAAAACCCCACAGAAAAAGCUUACAUGUAUAUAGGUCUUGAAGUGAGUGAAGUGGCUGCAUUUUUUUGUUCUGGGUUUCUUUGCUUUGUUUCUGCAGGCAAGAUUUGAGAUGGUAUUCUAUUCUAAUCAAAAAUAAAGUUUUUGUAGUGGAAAAAAAAAGAAACUGCACUAGUCAACAGAAGUGUGAGUGAAAGACACAAGGAGAGAGAGAGAGAGAGUGUGUGUUGCCCUAUAACUUAAUCAGUUUGGGCAACACACCUCACUUUUUGCAAAGCUAACAAACCAAUAUUCUGCUGAGUGCAAGGAUGUUCUUCGCUGUGGGAUUGAGAAAGAGGGUCUGCAAAUGUUGCACAAGAAAGAGGCUAGAUGUCUGGAGGUAUAUCCUGCUCCUGAUUGAGCUGGUGGGGUCAUAUUUUUCCCCAAGGCUGGCCUGGUACAUACAGGGCAAGAGGUCACUUAGUCCCCAUGAUUUCUCUGGAGAUCCCGACAGGGCUUAGAGGGCUAAACAAAUGCAUAGUUUGUUCCUAAAAUUAUCUAGCUGGUGUCAGAGUAUUCUGGCUUGUGGAUUCCCAAAGUACGUUCUCACAAAUAACUCCUCAGGCCCUUUGACAGAAGUGGGCUUGCCAGGGUUCCCCUGGGUGUAUAUGAAGCCAUGUGUUAGAGCCCUGGCGACUGCGAGCAACCCAGAGCACUCAGCCGGAGAACCAGGCUCAGCUGUCACAGCACAUCAACACAGUAAUGAUGUUCCCUCUCAAGGGAACCUUUUGAAAUCAGCUCAUUUAAAUCUGUUCUUGUACUUUUGUCAAUUUUGAUUUAAGAUGAUUAUCCUUGGGAAUUUUAUGUACUGCUGACAGUAAAAAUUGGCACACCUUUUCUGAAAGUUGUCAAUAUAUAUAAAAGUCCUUAAAAAUAAGAUUUUGUAGCUUAUGAUCCACUAUUUCCAUUUUAGGAUAUUUUUCCUCAAGAAAUAAUCUGAUAUCAAUACAGAUAUAUUACCAAUAUGAUCAUCCAAGUUGUAAUACUAGUUAUAGAUUGCACACAAGAAAGAGAUGGGAAGUGAAGUAUGGUGUAUUUACAUGAAAGAAUAUAGCAUAGCCUAUAAAACAUUAUUGAACAACAGAGAAAAGGCUAAGAAGGAAAAACAAGGCACGCACCUUAUAUCCAACAUGCUCUUUAUAUAAAUAUGUCACAUAGUCUUGUCAUUCAAUAUCUAAGAGUAUAUAUAUUAUCUAUAUCUGUCUAUAUAAUAGAUAUUCCAAAAAACUGAACAGGCUUCCAAUUAGGUUUUAAAUGUUUGUGUUUUCUAACUACCUCAAAUAAAAAUAGUGAUUCAUUCACUUUCUCCUUGAGACUUCUCCACAAGAUAAGAUUGUCUAUUUUAGAAGUUCAGUUUUCUGGGAGUUCGGGUUGAGACUAAUCUUAAUGCUUAAUAAUAGCUUAAGGCUUAAGGGGCUUUAAAUACAAAUAUAUUUAACUACAAAUGCUAAUUAAAAAUGAGGAGGUCCUGGAUUGGGUUCCCGGCUCCUGGCUACAGCCUUGGCCUAACCAUAGCUGCUGUGGGUACUUGGGGAGUGAACCAGCACAUGGGAGCUCUCUUUUUCUUUCUACCUCUAAAAAAAUUAAAAAUAAUUAAAAAUGAGAAAAUCUUUAUGAACAGGAACACAUAAGACAAUGGUAAAAUUGUUUUUUCUUUUAAAAUUUUUUUUGUGAAUAAUGUGUUUUAUUAUCAAAAUAUUUAUUUACUUUGUCAAAUGACAAUUUAACAUAAGUAGUCAUGUUCUUAGACUUUCAGCCUGUUUUGUGUCAAUAAAUUUUUUUAACUUUUAUUUAAUAAAUAUAAAUUUCCAAAGUACAACUUUUGGAUCAUAGAGGCUUUUCCCCCACAUAACUUCCUUCCCACCCACAACCAUCCCAUCUCCCACUCCCUCUCCCAUCCCAUUCACAUCAAGAUUCAUUUUCAAUAUCUUUAUAUACAGAAGAUCAAUUUAGUAUAUAUUAAGUAAAGACUUCAACAGUUUGCACCCACACAGAAACACAAAGUAUAAAGUACUAUUUGAAUACCAGUUAUGCCACUAAUUCGCAUAGUGCAACACAUUAAAGACAGAGAUGAAGUGCACAGUGACUCCUGUUGUUGUAUGGCCUUGUCUAAAUAAGAUCGGAGUUGGUGAACUUUUUUUUCUUUAUUUCUUUUAAAAUAUUUAAACAAUUUAUAUUUUGAUAUAAUAUUCUUUUAGGUUCAUAUUUGAAUUUUUAAAUUUCUUUUAAAAUAUUUAUUUGAAAGACAGAGAGAUAGAGGUAGAGAUAGUGGCAGAGAGAGAGGGAGAGAAAGAGAGAGAGUGAGAGAGAGAAGCAGAGAGAUCAUUUAUCCACUGGUUCACUUCCUAAAUGGCUGUAACAGCCAGGACUGGGUUAGGUUGAAGUGAGGAGCUGGAAACUCAAUCCAGGUCUCCCACAUGAGUUUUAAGAAGCCAGGACUUGUGCCAUCACCUGCUGCCUCCCAGGGUGCAUCUGAGCAGGAAGCUGGAAUCCAAAGCAGAAACUGGGACUUCAAGCACACAUGUGAUAUGGAUGUUGGCAUCUCAAGCAGUGUCUUAACCACCGCCCCAAACACCUACCCCAGGUCCAUAUUUUAAAAGUCAUUCUUUACCUCCACCUCACCUUCUUAGAGGUGUGUUUACGUUCAAAUCUAAAGUCAAUGUAUCGGGGCUGGCGCCGUGGCUCAAUAGGCUAAUCCUCCAUUUUGCGGUGCCGCCGGGUUCUAGUCCCGGUCGGGGCGCUGGAUUCUGUCCCAGUUGCUCCUCUUCCAGUCCAGCUCUCUGCUGUGGCCCGGGAGGGCAGAGGAGGAUGGCCCAGGUCCUUGGGCCCUGCACCUACAUGGCAGACCAGGAGAAGCACCUGGCUCCUGGCUUCAGAUCAGCGCGGUGCGCCCGCUGCAGUAUGCUGGCCGCAGCGGCCAUUGGAGGGUGAACCAAAGGUAAAGGAAGACCUUUCUCAAUGUACGGGGCCAGCAUUGUGGCUCCAUAACCAGCAACCUGUAUCAGUGCUGGUUUGAGUCCUGGCUGUGUAACUUCCCAUCCAGCUCCCUGCUAUCACCUGGGAAGGAGGUGGAAGAUGGAUCAAGUAGUUGAGCCCCUGCCACCCAUGUAGGAGACUUGGAUGGCAUUCCAGGCUCCAGGCUUUGGCCUGGCUCUGCCCUCGCUGUUGUGGUCAUUUGGGAAGUGAUCCAGUGGAUGGAAGAUGGAUCUCUCUCUCUCUCAAUCUCUGUAUUUCUCUCACACUGUUGUUCUCUCACUCUCUCUUCCGUCACUCUGCCUUUGAAAUAAAUAAAUCUUUUUAAAAAAAGUCAUUGUACACUCCUACUUUCUAUAUUUAAAGUGUUUUAUUUUCUUGAAUGCAUUUUUUUCAUUUUUGUUCUAUAAAUGAUCAAAACGUGCUGGUGAUGAUACAUAGAGAAAGGAGAAUGUGAAAGAUACUUCCAACAGCACUCAUUU